ACCACGCAACCCUAGCAUGUAAUCGUUCGUCUUGCCGUCUAACAUUUGUGUCGAACUAAAUUUUGUUUUGCCAUUAAAUAAAUAUAUUAUUUACCGCAAAAUAGCCAGUGCCGAAGCGCACGAAAAGUGUCCGCGAUCGAGGCAUUUGCAGCACAACGAAUCCGCAACAUUACGUCCAUGAAAAUCAAACGGCAGCAGCAGGUCACAGCACAGAAAAUACACAAAAUAAGAAGCAGACAGAAAAGUGUUUAAAUGCCCAAAAACCAAUAGAAGAGCGAUUUCCCCCACUUUUCCUGUACGUUGGAGGGAACACAUCGAAAAUGCUUUAGACGACGGUGUUUUCUUCGAUUUACUCUCUGGCCCAGGGACCAGAGUUGCCAGAGAACGAGAACACUCCUGCCAUGUCCACAGCCAAGCCACAGAUAGCUGCAUAGAUCGCACCCGUCUCGUCCAAACGCCGGACUGGAGGGCAGAGGCGCUCCAUCAAGGGUCCCGAUCCCCAUCAAGAACCAAGUGCUGGUGCUACCCCGAUUGGCCUUCGUUAGCGUUUAGUCCGGUCGCGAGCCGUGCCUGCGCUGCGCCUUGUUACCACAUUUUGUUGUUUACGUUUGUUUGUUUGUUGAACUCUCGUCCUUCCACGCGUGCAAUCGUCAUUAAUUGUUAGUUACGAAUAUCCCUCGUUGAGCAUACAAAUCAAAAUGAAAGCAUCCUCCUCGUCACGUUCGUUAUCGAAAUCGAAGCGUCCAGCCGCAAAAGCUACAAUCAAAUUACUCCCGUCCAGACCCACCUCGUCACCGCCACUUAUUAUUAGCGCUCGGGCCGCCACGAUUUUGCCAGGACCAGUUUCUCAUUGAAGCUGAGUGAAGCCGGGGAAACACGAAUCUAAUGGUACAUCACCAAUAAUAUAAGGUACAUACAUAGGAAGUAAAGCGAAUAAGUGGAACAUACAGUUGAACAUUUCUAUCAACCGUACAGCAAGGAUUCAACUGUCUUGAAGGACUCAGCAAUUUGAUUUUAUAUGUUCUCAAGCUGUGACUAUUUCUCUUUGGUGUUAAACCGGCUAGUGCUUUCAGACCCCUAAUAUUCGCCUUGUCUAAUUGCCUUCCAAAUUCGAAAAAGAGCACAACUUCCAUGUCCAAGCUAUUUGUAAAAUACGGGCGUUUGUGAUUUGAACCAGAGAAAAGAGAACAAGAUCGUUCGCUAAUCACAACAGGUAUUCUUAGAGUAGGGUAAAUAGUUAGCAGCGAUCGCUCGUCCUGUGGAGUGGCAUGAGUGUCCAACCAUCAUCGGGACUCCGGAAAAAUGAUGAUAAUGAGUGUAGUGGGCCACGACCACCUGUUCCCGGAGAAGAGAGCCGUGUUAAAAAGAUGACCGAAGGGGCAGUAGAGACCUCGAAGAAUUCGCCGCCAUCCUAUCUGAAUUGGGCUCGGACGCUGAACCACUUGCUGGAGGAUCGCGAUGGGGUCGAGCUCUUCAAGAAGUACGUCGAAGAAGAGGCGCCCGCCUACAAUGACCACCUCAACUUCUAUUUUGCCUGCGAGGGCCUCAAGCAGCAGACGGACCCGGAGAAGGUCAAGCAGAUAAUCGGAGCAAUCUACAGAUUUCUGCGCAAGAGUAAGCUGUCUAUCUCUGAUGACCUGCGCGCCCAGAUCAAGGCAAUCAAGACGAACCCCGAGAUCUCGCUUAGCCCGCACAUCUUCGAUCCUAUGCAACACCAUGUGGAGGUUACCAUCCGAGACAACAUUUACCCCACGUUUCUGUGCUCGGAUAUGUACAUCCAAUAUAUCCAGCAAAUGUCCGCAUUACAGGAGCGCUGCAGCAGCAGCGGCGCGACGGGAUCGGGCAGUGCCGGGAGCAGCGGUAGUGGUGGCAGCAGCCUCGUCGGGGCGUGCGCCCUACCUGCAUUUACUGCAAAGCAACAGCAGCGCCAGCUCCAGCAGCUAGUGCCGCCCGGUGCCUUCAUUAACCUGCCAGUGAGCAGCGUGAGCGGGCCGCCAGCUGGCACGUGUAGUGCCAGCGGCAGUGUGUACGGUCCCUCGACGUCGGCCAGUUCAAGCGGCUCCAUCAGCGCCACCGACACACUGCCACGCAGCUCCACGCUGCCCACGCUGCACGAGGACUCGGUGCUGUCGCUCUGCGACGACUUCGAGAAGGUGCAAAUGCAGGAUGGGGGUGGACCCGGAGGUGCAGGGGCGCGAGCUCCCGACUACCCAAUACGACUGACGCGGGACCUACUAAUAGCAACACAGAAAAGAAGACUGGAAAUUCGACCUCCUGGUGCCCACGGUUAUGUGUACACAGCGAGCACGAACACCUCCUAUGUGCCGAAUUCGCGGGUUGACUCGGAGAGGGCCAGCGUCAGCUCCGGCGGACGUACCGACUCUGACACCAUGUCGCUCUCCAGUUGUUCAAUGGACGGUCGCCCGUACAUACAACGCAGACACAGCUCGACAGAGAGCAAGGCGAUUCGCCAGAGCGCGAUGGCAAAUAAGGAGACCAAUACCUUUCAGGUUAUACCUCGCACACAACGACUACAUUCGAACGAGCACAGACCACUGAAGGAGGACGACUUUGUGGCUCUUCUUAUACCUAAGCUGGAAGAAGUAAAGCGAAAGCGUGACCUGGAGGAAAGAGCUCGCGAGCGGAAUCCCGGAGCUGCGCUGCUGACCAAUGAACGAUCCACCGCCAGCGAUCGCGCCUUCGCCGAAGCGAUUCGGGAGAAGUUUGCAUUGGACGAGGACAACGACCAAGACAUUCUUGACCAGCAUGUGUCGCGGGUGUGGAAGGACCAAACGCCGCACCGCUCACCAGGAACAAUGUCACCCUGCCCGCCAAUUCCGUCGCGAAGACGCACGGCUACACAUGACUCGGGCAUGGUCAGCGAUGGCGCCAUGAGCCUAAGCGGGCACUCCAUGAAGCACUCGAAAUCCAUGCCGGAUCACAGUUCCUGCUCCUCGAGGAAGUUGACAAAUAAAUGGCCUUCCAUGAACACAGACAGUGGUAUAAGCAUGUUCUCGGCCGACACUGUUACCAAGUACAAAGAAUCGAGCACUCGAUCCGGCUCAAGCACAGCCUCGAAGCUGGAGGAGGCCAAACGAAGACUGGAAGACGAGCCGCGACGCUCUCGUCGAUAUACCCAGCCGCCUAUGCAGCAGGGACACUUGGCGCAACCGCCUAUCGCCUCCUUUAGCAGCAGCACCGGCGGCGGUAGCAUCAGCCUGCCACAUCCGCACCAGCUUCAGCUUCAAACCGCGGCGGCGCCUCCGCCUCUGCCGGCUAAGCCACCGGAGACGAUCGUUGUGUUCUCAUUCUGCGAGGAGCCAGUUCCGUACAGAAUAAAAAUACCCGGUACCCAGCCUACCCUGCGUCAGUUCAAGGAUUAUCUGCCAAGAAGGGGUCACUUUAGAUUCUUCUUCAAGACGCACUGCGAGGACCCGGACAGUCCAGUGAUUCAGGAAGAGAUUGUUAAUGACUCCGACAUACUGCCCUUGUUUGGAGACAAAGCGAUGGGUCUUGUCAAGCCAUCCGAUUAAUAUUAGGAAUUUAGUGUAGAUUUUGUAUUAAGGCGAAUUGGGAGUGCGAGUGGUUUGAUGCACCGACGAUGCACUCGGUAAAAAAGGAACGAAAAAGCGAACGCACCAAGUGUACGACGCAUCUUAGGGCCACCUACCCACUGGAGAAGCUAAUACCGAAAAUCAAUAGCGAUAAGCUUUUGUAAGCAUCACAAACUACUCUCUGUUGGGGCAAAGUAUUUUUCUGUACAACCAAAACUGAUCUAUGUAAGCCACGUAAAAUGGUUCUAAAUUUGUAAAUCCGUAACUAUUUGAAGCUUGAGCUUGAAUCCACAUGAAUAUGUCCUGUAUUUAUGUUUAUACCUUAUAAAAUCAGUCGCAGCUGGGUUGUUGAGUGGGCCCGAGACUGAGAGGGCUGAGAGAUUAUUAGGAACUGCACAAAAUCGAAUGUAUUGAGAAGAUUUAAGGUAUGGAUUUUCCUCGAUUGGGAUUUGUUUGUUACUUUUUGCUAACUACGGACUGCCUGCAAUAAAUUUUGUUAAUAUUUUUGUGAUGUGCAUUUUACGAUGAUAUAUGAUGAUGAUAUUAACAAAGUUAUAUUCAACUCGACAAAAAUCAAAA